GUAGAAGAGACUAAAACUCCUCUGAGCAACUGAAGUUUCCUUAUUCAGUUGAAGAUUGCUAUGGUGUAACUGAAGUUGUAGUUUGCUUCUCUUGUUAAUCCACUUUCCACUCCUCCCACCCUUGUUCUCUUAAGAACAUAGUACAGAUUUGUUAGAAAUAGUAGUAUUUCCCCACCCCAAUCGCUACCUGUUCCUUCUUGCUUUGGACUGUCCGCACCUCCUGAAGAUUUUACAGCCAUGCUGGACUGCAGUGACUGUGUUCUAGACUCAAGAAUGAACACUCCGUCAGAAACCAAUAAAUCAUCUAUGGAGAGUGGAGAUGUCAGCACAGGCACACAAACCAAUGGCCUGGACUUUCAGAAACAGCCCGUGCCUGUUGGAGGAGCAAUCUCCACAGCCCAGGCCCAGGCUUUCCUGGGACAUCUUCACCAGGUCCAGCUAGCUGGGACAAGUCUACAGGCUGCUGCUCAGUCUUUACAUGUCCAGUCUAAAGCUAGUGAAGAGUCGGGAGAUUCGCAACAGUCGAGCCAGCCUUCUCAGCAGCCUUCAGUGCAGUCGGCCAUUCCCCAGACCCAGUUAAUGCUGGCUGGAGGACAGAUAACUGGGCUCACCCUGACCCCGGCCCAGCAACAGUUAUUACUACAGCAGGCUCAGGCCCAGGCCCAGCUCCUGGCUGCUGCAGUGCAGCAACACUCAGCCAGCCAACAGCACAGUGCUGCGGGGGCCACCAUCUCCGCCUCCGCUGCCACACCCAUGACGCAGAUCCCCCUGUCUCAGCCCAUACAGAUUGCACAGGAUCUUCAACAAUUGCAACAGCUUCAGCAGCAAAAUCUCAACUUGCAACAGUUCGUGUUGGUGCACCCAACCACCAACUUGCAACCAGCACAGUUUAUCAUCUCACAGACCCCCCAGGGCCAGCAGGGUCUCCUGCAAGCGCAAAAUCUUUUAACGCAACUACCUCAGCAAAGCCAAGCUAACCUCCUACAGCCACAGCCAAGCAUCACCCUCACAUCCCAGCCUACCACCCCAACUCGCACAAUAGCAGCAACCCCAAUCCAGACCCUUCCACAGAGCCAGACAACACCAAAGCGAAUCGACACGCCCAGCUUGGAGGAGCCCAGUGACCUGGAGGAGCUUGAGCAGUUUGCCAAGACUUUCAAACAAAGACGGAUCAAACUUGGAUUCACUCAGGGUGACGUUGGGCUCGCUAUGGGGAAAUUAUAUGGAAAUGAUUUCAGCCAAACCACCAUCUCUCGCUUUGAAGCCUUGAACCUCAGCUUUAAGAACAUGUGCAAGUUAAAGCCCCUUUUAGAGAAGUGGCUAAAUGAUGCAGAGAACCUCUCAUCUGAUUCUACAGCAUCUAGCCCAAGUGCUUUGAAUUCUCCAGGGUUGGGGGCUGAGGGCUUGAAUCGUAGGAGGAAAAAACGCACCAGCAUAGAGACCAACAUUCGCGUGGCCUUAGAGAAGAGUUUCAUGGAGAAUCAAAAGCCUACCUCGGAAGAUAUCACCUUGAUUGCGGAACAGCUCAAUAUGGAGAAGGAGGUGAUUCGUGUUUGGUUUUGUAACCGCCGCCAGAAGGAGAAAAGAAUCAACCCACCAAGCAGUGGUGGGACCAGCAGCUCACCUAUCAAAGCAAUUUUCCCCAGCCCAGCCUCAUUGGUGGCAACCACUCCAAGCCUUGUGACAAGCAGUACAGCAACCACCCUUACAGUCAACCCUGUCCUCCCCUUAACCAGUGCUGCCGUGACUAAUCUCUCUCUUACGGGCACUACAGACUCCACGUCCAACAGCACGGCCACCGUGAUUUCCACAGCACCCCCUGCUUCCUCAGCAGUCACACCCCCUUCCUUGAGUCCCUCUCCUGCCUCAGCCUCCACCUCUGAGGCCUCUAGUGCCAGUGAGACCAGCACAGCACAGACCACCUCCACGCCGCUUCCCUCCCCUCUCGGAGCCAACCAGGUGAUGGUGACAGCACCCGGCUUACAGACAGCAGCUGCCGCUGCUCUCCAAGGAGCUGCACAGUUGCCAGCAAAUGCCAGUCUUGCUGCCAUGGCUGCUGCUGCUGGACUCAGCCCAGGCCUCAUGGCACCGUCACAAUUUGCUGCUGGAGGUGCCUUACUCAGCCUCAAUCCGGGGACCCUGGGCGGCGCUCUCAGCCCGGCCCUCAUGAGCAACAGCACACUGGCAACCAUUCAAGCUCUUGCUUCUAGUGGCUCUCUUCCAAUAACGUCUCUGGAUGCGACUGGGAACCUGGUAUUUGCCAAUGCAGGAGGAGCCCCGAACAUCGUGACUGCCCCUCUGUUCCUGAAUCCUCAGAACCUCUCUCUGCUCACCAGCAACCCAGUAAGCUUGGUUUCUGCCGCUGCAGCCUCCACAGGGACCUCCACACCUACAGCCAGCCUUCAUGCCUCCUCCACCUCCACUGAGUCCAUCCAGAACUCUCUGUUCACAGUCGCCUCUGCUGCUGGGGCUGCUCCCACCACCACAGCUGCCUCCAAGGCACAGUGAGCUGGGUGCAGAGCUGGGCUGCCACAGGCUCUCCUCACUGCAGGGUGAUAGGCUGGCUGUGCCAGCUGCUGAAGAAAAUGGCACCUGUCGUCGGCUUCCUCCCACCAUGUUGUGAGGAUGAGGAAGACAUGGAGAGAAGAAAAAAUUACACAUACCAGAAAAAAAAAGAAUGCAGACAGGACAGCAUUUGCCUAAUUUUAUAAUAAAACAAUGUCUUUUCAGGAUUGCUUCAUGGAUUGGAGAACUUUCUAACCAAAAAUUUUAAAGGAAAAAAAAAAAACAGAAACAAAAAAUCAAAAACAGACAAAAAUAAGUGAAAGGACUGCUUACCAUUCCCAGCAGGCAUGGCGACGAGCUAAGGUGGGUCACCAGUCCCAGUAGAGGAAGGGGCUCUCGUUCUCGUUCUUGUUCUUGUUCUCCUUCUUUCUCUUUUUUUUUUUUUUUGUUGUCGUUAUUGUUGAUGUUUUGUUUCGUUUUUUUUUUUUUUCUUUAAAAAAAUCAUUUUUAUAGGUCUGUUGUACAGGCCAUUACGUCAUAGCAAGGUGUUUAUAAUCGUAUCAAUUGUGUUGGGGGUUCCUUUCUUAACUGGUACAAUUGUGGCAGGCCUGUAUUACUGUAUCUGUUAUUGUUUGUUUAUACAUAUAUAUAUAUAUAUAUAUUGAACAUGUUUAUCUCUUGCUCCUGGAUCCUAUUUCAGUGAGCUCCCACACUGUGGGGAGGGAGGGUUUGGGAUAAAGGGAGACUUACGUUCUUAACUUCUGGGAAUGUUCUUGCUGUUUUCCUUAGCCUUGAUGACUCUUACAGAGGUGCUAGAAAAUGAUUUCUUUUGCCACUUAUGCAAGAGGCUUGGUGCAGAAGCUGAAGGCAGUGUGUUGUGUGCAAACACUCGUGCCUCGCACACGCCCCUCCCCGUCAGGCGGUGCCUUCGGAGCACUUGUGUGUAGGAAGGCAUUCCUGCUGAGCCGGGGCUCUCACUCGCCCCGAAUCAUUGAGAGGCCUGAGGCCCAGACCCUGUGGUGCAACAGCAAUGCUUUCUUCUUCUUCCCAUGGGAAACGGCUGUGCCUGCUGCAGGACAGGGUGUGGUACUACUGCAAAGACUACUGCAGACACCGGACUUGGUGGCUCUCUUGAUUGCUUAUCUCUUAAAAAAUUGCUCCUACUGUUAGUGUUUGUUUGUUUGCUUGUUUUUUUUUUUUUUCAUUUUAUGAAAAUUUUCAUCCAAACUUCCUUUUAUUUACUUGGUCAGAAUCAAAUUGACUAUUGAAAUUGGGCAACAAUUCUCUCCCUUGUUUUCUAAAGCAAUUCUGUUGGACUGUUUUCUACUAAUUAGGUAUCCCAGACAGGUCAAUAUGAAGAGCCUGAGUUUGCCACCGUUUCCUCUAGAGAGUCACAGACUUCCUCUCCACUGAGUGGGUCACAAGUUUCUCCAAGCCUGAGAUUUCUUCAGUUCUCUGACUGACAGAGGCCCUUUCCUGGCUGGGCAAGGGAUCUGUAGAACUUCAGAGAUAUGCUGAGAAGUUCAUUCUCAGCCUCAAGUGUCUCUUGGUUUAUUAGGCCCCUUCCUAGGUAGAUCUGAUGACGACAUGCAUCUCCUCUUUGAUGUAAAAAGUGAUUUGCUCCUGUAAUUGCUUUCAGGGUGUUUCUAGACUACAUAAAUGAGCCCAUUGAAAAGGAAGAGCUUGUGAAAAUGGAUGAAGAUAGAUGAGGGUAAUUUAGAGACUAAAUUACCCCAUUUGCCCAUGGCCUAUUAUUAUACUCUCCUCUCUCUACUAGAAUUCCCACAGAUGACUGGAUCACUGCAGGGAAGCCCUAAGUCACCCUUAUUAGAGCUAAAGGUUCCCACUCGGUGUCUGAGUCCCUCCAUCAGCUCCUGGUGGGCCACACUUGGAGCUGGAGUGACCGUCCUUCUGAUUGCUUUGCUUCUGCCACAGGAAACUCGGAUUCUCUGCAGAGAAAAAUCCAGAGAGGCGAUAACAGACACAGGUGUGCACCUCUUUGUUGUUGUUCUCUAGUUGGGAGAAGGUCAUAUUAAUAUUAAAGGUCAGAAAUAUUUUGGUCCCCUUUAAUUUUUUUUUCCUUUUGGUUAUUUCCCAGAGUAUUUAAUUUUCACCCCUGAAUAAUUUCUUUUACCCUUAACUUUUCCUGAAAUCCCUCCAAAAAUCAGUGAACUGCAAGCAGGGAAACUCACAGAUGCUCACCCACCUAUUUUGUAUGGUGUGGGUGUUUUGUUUGUUUUGUUUUGUUUUUUAAACUAAGCUUGAACCAAAGUCAAUUUUUAGCAAGCUGCUGUACUAAUGGACUAGUUAUAAUGUGCAGUUCAAACACAUUGAGGAGAUAGAUGCUACUGACAAUUCUUACUCAUUUUUCUUGAUUAAUUUUAUGUGAAGUUGCUGCUUGUUUUUAAUCUUUUAUGUUGGUAAAUUGUAAUAUCCUCUGGGCAGACAUUACCUUGGUUUUAGCUAGUUUGUUGAAGUCAGCAUGUAAAUAGGAUGGCGUGUCAGUUACUACUCCCCGAACCACCAGCCUUUUCUCUCUUGUUAAUUUAAUGUUUUGUCUUGACAACACGCUAACCUUCGUCUGUGCAUGUGGUUUUAGGCCUGUCAAUACUGUUUCUGCCCCGAGCAGAGAGUCUCUCCCUUGGGAGUGAGGAGGUUAGGAAGAAGAAUUCAGGGAGAGAAAUACUGAUUACCUACCAGACAGUUUAGAAGUUACAGCAUUAAUUUCCAGAAUUGCUACCAAAGGAAGUAGAGAGUCCCAAGGGGCUCUGGCCCAGGGAUUAAGGAGGGCAGAGAGACUGCUUUGUCCUGUGUGGCUAAAAGAAUCUUUGUUCCAAAUAAGAGUCCCCUACAGACUUUGAUUUUAAAAAUGAUACUAGGUUUUCCAUUUUCAUCAGCACCUCCUCUGUCUGUAGUCUCUAGUGGGGUUGAAAAAGCGUUGCUGCCCUUUUUCUGUAGUUCAUUUUUGAGGAUAGACUUUAAAACCAGCAUAAAUACUGUAUUGAGAAGAAAAGGAUCUUUAGAUAAAGAUAACUUUAAUUUUUUUUCCUCCCCUUUUUCAUGUCUUUAAUUGUAAAAUGAAAGGACUUUAUACAUAUGUAUACAUGAAACACUACUAAAGCUUUCUGGUGGGUGUUCAGGCUAAAAUACCUUCUGUCACCCCCUCUAAAUGUUCUGUUAAUCCUACUGUAUACAAACCCUUGGCUAGUUUUUACUUGAUAACAUUUUUUUUUAAUGAUCUCGAAUGCUUUUUGAACUGACAGUUGUCUUCUAAGGCAAAGUACUCAGACUUAAAACAUUCAGCUGCCUUUUAUGAGAAAGUGUAGAAACUAAAGGGGUCAUUUGACUAAAAGACAUAUACAAUUGAGUUUCUGCAUUUCCUGAAUAAACACCAAAUAGGUUGUUACAACCUGUUAUUUCAUUCUUUUUUUCUUCCCCUUGAUAUUUAUGCUUGCUUUAUUUCAUCCCUCAAUUUAGUUAACACAUAGUAAGCCAAAGACUAAUUUUAAAUGCAUUUUUGGGGAUAUUAUAUUUGCCUGUGAUAAUGGGCCCUCCCUAGAGAGUAGUGAAUGUAAUUGUUUAAUCCUGUUUAAGCAAUGCAGUUUGGCAUAAACUUUAUUUAUUUCCUAUGUAAAUCUAAAUGACAACAGAAAAAUCUAUAAGGCUUCUCACAAGCAGUAUUGCUGUUCUAGGAAUAGUAAAGCCUGUUGCCUUGAAUGUCUCUGAGGCCCUGGAGGAGGCUCCAUACAGUGAGGAAACACUGCUCCUGGCUCUUUACUUGCUGUUACCUGUUGUCGGGAAGGUCAGCACCAUCCUGUUUAUAUAACUUGUUACUCCAAAGGAACCAAAGGAAUCCGGCUUUCAUCUUGUGUAGGACCAGCCUCUUUAUAUUUCAUAAGCUUCAUUAGAAAGCUUUAAAGGGACAUCAGUUAGAAGGCUUUAGGUGUGGUCAUCUUGCCAACAUGGUCUACAUUGUCAUUCAUUUGUUUUAGGGAAAAAGCACAAUUAUACCUCUAAUGCUAUUUGUCUAUUAUCUAUCCUUCAAUUAUUAGAAAGAUAGGGGAAAUAAUCUCUUCACUAUCCAGAAGCACAGGUUUUUGCUUGACAAUAUUUCAGUUUAACUCAUUAAUUAACAUUUAACUUGCUGGAAAUGCCAGGUACAUUUGUAAAUAUAGGGAUAUUAUGUAAGGAAAAAAUACUAUAGAUCCUAGUCUGAAGUUCUUCUUAAGCCAUGUCAUCCUCACAGAUCUUUCUUGACCAAGAGAGAAUAAGGUCAUUGAAAGCAGAGAGACAUCUAUUCUAAGCCUGAGCACAUGGUAAGACAGAAGGAAGGGCCUCGGCGACUCAGUGAGAGAGCUCAGACCAAACCUUACAUUGGCUUCUGAAGGUGACGACCAUAACGUGUACUUAUUCCUCAAACUCUGUGAGAACUGUCAACAUUUAAGACUACCAGUACUAAUAUAAGGAAAAUACUUAAAAGACCUGAAACCCAUAAUUAGACAAGUGGGUAGAAGUUGAUGUAAUAAUUUAUUUAUAACUGUUAUGAAUUCACUUUCACUUGUAAGUAUGAACAGUAUGUACCAUGCUCGAAGAGAUUAAUGACUAUUUUGAAGUCAUUUUCAGAUACUUGUAAAAAUAAGACUUUCCUAAUAAUUUUAUUUUGAGGAAGAAAAAUAAUUCUUUGCCAUUCCUCUGAGAAAAAGACACUGUUCCACGGGUUUGCAUGGAUUGCACACCCAAGCAUAAAUAGAAAAGACAGAAAUAAGUUAACUUUGAUUAAAGGUUGGUGGAAUACUCUGGCUCGCCCUCUUCUUCACCUGUGGAGAUUAAGUAUAAGGUUCCACCAGGGCAGGUGAGCCUCUUCCUCAUAAUCGUCCAUGUCAUACCUGGUGUAGGCAAUAGGAUUUGAGAACUAGGGUUUCUUCCGACCAUCAUUCUAUUCACAAACCAUAAACCAAUUCUUUAGUUUGACUCUUCUGCUCUUGGCCUUUGCUGGAAGCAGGAAGCUUGAGUGUAUCACGUGUCAUUCAGUGAUCUGGCUCUCUCUGCCUCUUUCCCUUCCCCUUUUCCUUUGAUGGUGGUACCUUAAUCUGUGAGAAUAAUGCUCGUGGGGAACAGCUUCUGGCACCUUCAUAAAAUACCUCAGCAUAGCUUAGCAUUGUUACAGAACUGGUUUUAGACUAAAAAACCAAAUAAGUAUAAGAAAAAAAAUCUUUAUAAAUAGUGGAAAUAAUUCUAGCUGUAGUAUUUAGUUGAAUUAAUGUUUAUUAUGAUUGAUGCUGUAUGUAUUUGGGAUCCUGUUUAUAGAGUUAGGGAGGGUUGGGUUGGGAGAAAGGAGAAAUUGAUUAUGUUAGAAGGAAAAUAUUGCUUGUGUGUAUUUGUUUUUCUUUAUAUCUGUCUUGCCAAAGGAAACUUGAUACUCCCUAUGAAUGGGUUGAGGGCUCAAGGCCGCUCUAUGAUCUGAUAUGCAGCACAGUUUGCAGACCUGGGCAAUGAUAUGUGGGGUGUCCGGUAGGUUCAGAGUACCCAGGGGCAGGUAUACAACCCUUCCUGUCUAUGGCUCGUGCCCUUGCCCCCAGACCUGCCAGGCUUUCCUGGUGAUCAUUACCUCUGUACAUAGCUAACACUUAGGCAAAGGAGGAGUGUGCUCGUGUCCAGGUGUGCAGAUGAGAAGAGACAGAGAUAGCUGUGAGCCCAAGGAGUGGAGCGGUGAGUGAUGUAUCCUGAUCUAGGAAAAUUAAAGUGAAACGAGUUGUCUUUUGUCAUGUUAGUGAAUGCUGUGCUAGUAGUAGCCCAACAUUUUUUAAAACUUUAUUUCCUUUUCUUAUACCAAGGAUAAUUUUGUCUAGACCAAAAACACAAACAAAAGAAAACCAAGCCAAGGAGUUAAAAGCUAACCCCCCUACCCUUGGCACCUGUACUAAGGUGGGGCUUUUAAGGACUGGGUGAUGAGGUGGAAGAAGAGUUGUUCUUUCUUAUGGGAAAUGGGAAUGAGAAAAUAUGUUGGUUUAGGAAAAAAUUAAAAACCUUUCUGCCAUCAUUCUGGGACAGACUUUCUUGGCUCCCUGAGUUCUGAUGUAAACUAUAUCUCAAGAACUAAUUUUUUUAACAUGUCCCAUCUCACAGAACUUGAGUGGGAUUUGAUUUUGAUACCAAAGACACUGCUAUACAUACCACUGCUUCCCCUUCAGCUCUCCAGACACCCAGAGGCGACCAAGCAAACGUCAGGCCGGACAGCUCCGUCUCGGCUCGGUGCUCCCCAUCGGCUUCACCCUUUCCUCACUUAGGGAAGAUGUCUUUUUUGUUUGUUUGUUUUUGUUUUUUUUUGUUACUCUGACUUUGGGAAGAGAUUGGUUUUGUUCCUCCUGCUGCUCUGUGAAGAUUGGUAGAAUUGUUCAGAAUAGCAUUGAUGCUAUUGCUGAGAAACUUGGUAAUACAAAAAAUAGUAGUAGAACUUUUAUUUACCUUUAUCUAGUUCAUAUAAAUAAAACUAGCCCAUCCAACCUGUUAGAAUAACAGUCAGGAUUUAGUUAUGAAGAGCAGACUACAGCCAAAUGAUGCUUCCUUAUUCUCCUGUGGAGCUGUUUUGCUCCAUGUUUCAGGAUAUGGCUGCUGGGAGGUUAAGCUCACUGUGUAGGCAUACUUUUAUAAACACAGACAAGGAGCGAGGGAGGACCAGCAGCCAUGAUCAGCUUGCUAAACUUUAUGAGAGCUUUACUCGUUAUCAUCCUGACAUUAUGUAAAGUAGCGUUAGUGCUGUGUGUUUUUCCUCAGCCUUAGGUAGGUUUGUGUGGUAAUAGGGAUAUUGAAGAUGAGACAAAUGCUGUGGGAACCGUGUGCAUCAGGAACACCAUUCAGCUGGGAAAGAGACACUCCCGGGUUCAGGGAGGGAAACAGUUUAUGAUCCUUCUGCAUCCCUGAGUCUGCCCACGCUACAGGGCUCUAGCACCCUUGCCCCAUUCUGGUUCAAAUCCAGAAUACUAUCAGAAAGUUAAGAAAGCCAAACUAAUGUACUGGGGGAGGGGAAGGGCUGAAGUCUGCCGCAGUUUUCCCGGGUUUUCUUUAUGUGCUCAUCACUGCAGCAGCCACAACCUCAACAGAGCCGCUUGAAGCUUCUUUCCUAAGUUGGCAGUGGUAUUGAUCUCUAUCACUACAUCCCCAGGCCUGCAGGCAGCUGGUGGCAGUGCACUUUCGACAGGGCAGCAUCUGCGUGGGAGCUCCUUAUGUAAUCUUGUUAGAGAAAAAUGGACAGAGUCAAUGCCCAUCCAGCCCAGAGAGUGUCUGGGGUCUAAGAAUCACAGGAGGAAACAAAUACAUGUCCCCACACUGGUGCGACCAUGCUCUAAGGAGCACUGUGCUAGGCUGGCUCUAAGGAGCACUGUGCUAGGCUGGUGGGGGACGGGACAUGUGUCUUGGGUUCCAUCCCUGCCUGAGUCUGCAGAAGGCAUGUGCUUUGUAAGAGUGACAUGAGCUAGUUAGUGCUAGCCUGGUUAGUUUAAAGUUGCCAACAGUGUGGGAGCAUGGUAGUGUGCCCAUCAAGACUCUGACCAUAUUACAGCAUUGACUGUCUACAUACAAUAUAACUUCCCACUCCUUACCUCUGCUGCCACGGGAAUGUGUGCGUCACUCAGUCUACAGGAGGGCUCACUGAGGGAAGUGCCCUGGCCCAGAGUGGCCCUCAGCCAUUGCUCGCCUCUGUGGUAGUGAAGGCUAGGUGAGUAAGAGUGGGGUCUGCCCACCAUCUGUCCAGGAGCUGUUUUAUACCUCAUUUCUAACUCUGACUAAGUAACUUCCUCUCAACCCUACAGAGUUGCCAAGUCUGCCCUCCCUCUUCUCAGCAACGUUAAACUCUGGCCUAUAGCAUCAUAAGACCUGUCUGUCGCCUGGGGUGGGACUCCCCCUCCCCCACCCCACCCCAAAGCCUCUGAAUGUGUCUGCUUUUAGGCUACUACAGACCCGAGGGCAAAUUGCAAUCUCCUGUUUGCUUUUAUUGCUAGGGCUCGUCACAGGUCUCUCACCAGGUUCUGCACCACCUUGCCUUCAAGGACUGCCAGCGCUCCUCCCCCACUGCCCCCGCAUUUCUAACUGCUGAAUAUCUAUCAGCUUCUGACCUUGCUUUUCCCUAGUGGAGUCAAGGCUGACCUCUCCCCUCUGAAGCCUUGGGUUUCUGCUCACUGCCAAGACUUGGUACAAAGGACACAAAUGUUCAUUUAAGCUGACCUAAGCUACACAUUUUCCUUGUUUCCUGUGUGACAUGACCAAAAAAAAUCCAAAUAUUUAAGUUUAUUAUUAAUAUAUUAUAAUAAUAAUUAUUAUUUGACAAUCUUGUAUCCGAUGGGCUUUCUGGAAGCUGCUUCUCCGGCCCUUUCAACGUUUUCUUUGAAUGUAGUUCUUAACUUGCAAUUCCCACCCCCAAAGUUGGGGGGAAAUAAAGCUUAGCCAGGUCAGGUCAUAAUACUGCUGCUGUAAGCCAGGGGAGGGAGGUUUCUUUGUUCUGUUUUGUUUUUCCAUUUCCAGCCAAAACCAAAGAUUUCUUAAUGAUUGUAUAAACUCAAAACAAACAAAAAAACCAAAGAAAAGGGAAGUCUUCGGCCUCAAUCCAGUCUGUGGCAUCCUGGCGCUUGGAGGCAUGCCAAAGGGUGGGUGGGGACACCUGGCAGCUCACAGGGCACGCACGUCUUGUCUAAGUUAAGGGAUUCAUUCAGACGCGUGCUCGGAGUUUUGGCCCUUGCUUGAUUGUGAGCAGAGCGUGCAUGAAAGAAAUUGGAACAUCAGAUUUUUCAAAACGAAAGCCAAAGUCCUAUCACCACAACUCAUGUGACAGCAGCCAGGGUCGCCACCAGAGCUUAGCACAGCGCCCGAGCUGGGAGCUGCUACCAGGUGGCCAUGGACUCCACAGAGUGGGAGGCUGAAGUGCUGGGCAGGAUUGGCUGCUCUGCUGGGUGCUUUCACCUUUGGGGCAGGGUCUCCACCCAAGGGCCCUUCUGAGUUCUGAGCCUUCUUUCUCUUUUCUGUUACCGGAACUGCUUGGAAGUGGCUGUCCUGUUUGUGAGGAAACAUGCAGAACAAUUAUCGAACUUUUCUCUAUCUUGUCUCUAGUUUUGUUUCCUUUUUGCAGCACCACUGUGCGACUAUGCAUUUCAUAACCUGUGUGCUAGGUAGAUGCCUGUGACUUUUUAACUUGGGGGGUGGGUGGGUUAGGGGUUGCAAAUGAAGGAAAUUUUUACGUGGAUCUUUUUAAUCUCAGUUGAUUGGGGGAGGGGGGGUUGGUUCUAGGGUCAUACAAGCUCUAUCCCAAAGCAAAAUCCAAAUGUUAAUAAUACUAGCCUGAUGCAGAUACCAAAGACAAUUUCUUUCCUGCAGAACCUUAGACUUGUGUAUUAAGUACGAUUACCCAGCACUUGCAUUAGUCUAACCUCAGUAAUUCCAAAGCUUAGAUGUAUAUUUUGGUAUAUUUCCAGGAUAUUAAAAAAAAAUGUCGUUUAACUUGUUUGUUUCAGUGUAAUGCUCUUAAAGUCAUCGCAUGAAAUAACUGCGCUGUCCUAUUCUUGGUAGUUUGAAAUAAUAGUAUUUUUGUAUGUUUCGGGUGUGUCUGUCUGUAUUAACAUAACAGUUUUCACUGCCUAGGUGUUCAUAAUAAAAAUGAAAGGUUCCGAGUGUACAGGCUGUUCAGUAAUAAUCUCCACCAGUGUCCAUGUGAGUCUGGAGUCAGUGGGACUGCCCAGCUGGGCUCUGGUGUUAAAGAGACGGUGAUGGUGUUUUUCUAAAGAUGUUUGCUUCUGUCUUUAAAUAUCUUAACUUCCCCACUUGUUUUUUCCUACUUUUUUUAAUUGAUAUUGAUUCAGGGGUGUUUUUCCACUGUUGUCAAGGGAGGAACACAAGGGAACUGGCACCUUGGCCUCCCAAAAUAUGUUAUUUUAUGUAUUUUAAAAUGUGAGUUUUGAGUUCUUCUUUGUGGAAACUUACAACAUGAUGUACACGAUUCUUUCCAGAACUGCCCGGCAGCUUCAACGAGGCAGCAGCAAUCCUGGGUGGUUUAGUGGGUGUCCUGACAUUUCUCCUUAAGAUGGCUUUGCAGUCUGGGUGGCUAUUGUGUAGCCUCACUGCCCCAGAGCGUGUGUAGCCAUUUCUCCUUCAAUGGGGAUAUUUUAUAAGAUUCAGCUGAUAACUCGGAGCACUGGCCCUUGUUAUUUGUGCCCCUGGGAAAUGUGUUUUUCUUGGUUUGGAAAACCUGAAACCCAAACACUUCUACUUACUGGGAUUAGCUGAUAGCUCCUGAGGCCUGGGGAAGUGGUGACUGUGAGCGGUGCUGUCUCUUUAAAAGUGCCCUUUAUGUGAUCCCCCCCCCGGGGGGGGGGGGCUGCCAGAGGGGCUAGGGCUUGGGGAGAGAUUGUGUGGGUGCCAGUGAAUCAGAAUGAAAUGGUGGGUUUUAUGUAGAUGCAUUUGUCUGCUGUAAUUUUUUAUAUAUAUUAAACUUACUGUAACUGUACAGUUCCAAUUUCUGUUGUAAAACAUUAAACCAUUUUCCAAGUGUU